ACAAUGGAAAGGGACGAAAGAGCAGUGGAAGAGGAUAAAAGGAGAUGUAAAGCCCUCAAACAUCGAAUUGAAGCCUUUACAACUACACCAAAAUCCUCAUGGAAAACUACCCUUUUGAGACUAAUCAACUCUGAGCUCUCUUUCCUCAACCGCAUUUCCCUCAACCCACCUGUCAAUCUCAGCACCAACAUUGGGUAUCUCGAAUCAGUUGUUCACAUUCUUGAAAACCCAUUAGUAACAUCCAUUUCACGGGUCUGCAAAAAAGUUCCACAACAGAGUGUUUAUAUUGAUGUUAUUUGCUCUUUUAAUGGAAACCCUGUUUGGUUUAUUGUAUCUGAUAGAAACCCCAAGUACAUUUCUUGGGAGAAAACUAGGAAUUGUAAGGGUUUAAAAAGCAAAAUUCAAGAACUCUUGGUUGCUGUUUCAGAGGCUUCUGUUACAGUGAGGCCUUGUUCGAUUAUUCUUUUUUUCUCAAAUGGACUUCAAAGUUGCAUUCUUGAAAAGCUGAAAGAUGAAUUUGGAGCUAAUACUGAUCUGGGGUUUGGGUUUUGUGAUUUUGAUUGUGAGUUUUAUGAUGAUGGGGAUUGGGUAAGUGUAUUAGGGAGGUCUUUUGAGAGAGCAUGUGUCUUGGAAAUAAAGGUUGGAUCUUUUUCAGACUCUAGUAGAGAAGUAAAAUUGCAGGAUAAAGAUGGAGAAACAUUUACAGACUUUUCUGGGAGUAUGGGAAAAUUGCAUAGUGGUGAUGUGAGUAAUGAUGUAAAUUUGGGUGAUUCUUUCUGUGCUCUUGUCGGUGCGUUGAGGAGUUGGUCCGAUUUAGAUGUUGAAGAAGUUGAAAUGGUUAAUUUUGAUACGACAGCACUGGUUGCUAUAGUGUCUGGGAUUAGUAAUGGGGGUAUUGAUCGAAUUCUGGCUACUCCGGAGAGUGAGUUGAGGAGUCGGUUCAAGGGAAAUUAUGAGUUUAUGAUUGCACAGGUGAAUUCUGAAAUGAAAAAGCCAAUCCACAUGGAACUGAUGCCAGUAAUAUCGCGAAAGAGAGGCAUAGUUUGUGAAAGUGUUUGUUCAGAAUUUCAGGAGCUUGUUUCAAUGUGUGGUGGGCCUAAUGAGAAGUGUAGAGCAGAGCAAUUUUUGACACGUCUUAGGAUUGUUCCUGAUUGUCCAUCAGAGCGGCUAAUGAGCCUUCCAACAACCAGAAAACUGGCUUUGAAAAACAAGGUGGCUUUUGGUACCGGUGAUUAUUGGCAUGCUCCCACUAUAACCGCAAACAUGGCAUUUGCCAGAGCUGUUUCACAGACAGGAAUGUCCCUGUUUACCAUAGAGCAUAGACCACGAGCCUUGGUUGGUGAUUAGUUCCCUUUGGCAGUGACAUUUGAAAAAGAGAUCUAUAUUGGCUUAAUGCAACCUUAGCCUAGAAUCACUGUCAUCUGAUGAUUUUCUGUUAAAAGAGGUUGAGGUACCCAUGCUUGACGCGUCAUUUGGACUAAGAAAUUGUGAAACUUGCUUGGCUACUACACCUGUAUAUAUCAGACUAGCAGAAAUGUUUUAUGGGUUUUUGUGCAAUUCAUGACUUGCAUGUUGCAGCUACUAUGUUAGCUUGUAUGAUGUUUCUUAGAUAAUAUGGGGCUUCAGUUAUCUUAAUAUUAUGCUAUCUGCUAGGUGUACA